ACACACACACACACCCGGUCUGCCAAUCAUUUUUUUCCACCACUGCAGUUGUCAACUUGGAGCCGUGCUGGGAAAUGGACAAACCCCUCUGAACUGCUCCUUCCUCCACCGACACUGACACCGACACCACCCCGCAGGACGUGAUUUGGACGGAGUGGAGCGACAAGAACAUGUUUACUCCCCUGUUUCCAUGGUAACCCGAGAGGAGCAUGCACGUCCGGUUCAGGAGUUAACCUCAGCGCUCAUCUCCUCCGCCUGCCCCCUCUGAGAACUACACUACCCACAAUUCCUGUGAACUGACUACUGGUCUGCAGUUGAGAUCACUUUAAAAAGAAAAAAGACACUCAGAGGAACAACAACUACAACAACAACAACAACAACAACACUUCUCUGAAGAGGACCAACAUGGCCAACAACACGGCGGACCACCCUCCGGGGAAUUCGGUUGCAGAGGGCAACCAUGACGGGGACUUUGGGGUGACCGUGGCUGAUCUGAGGGACCUGAUGGAGCUGCGGAGCGCCGAGGCCGUCAACAAGAUACAGGAAACGUACGGAGACGUGCAAGGCAUCUGCCGCCGCCUGAAAACAUCACCUAUAGAAGGUCUGUCAGGUAACCCUGUUGAUUUGGAGAAACGUCACACAUCGUACGGCCAGAACUUCAUCCCCCCCAAGAAGGCCAAGACCUUCCUGCAGCUGGUGUGGGAGGCUCUGCAGGAUGUCACACUUAUAAUCCUGGAAAUCGCUGCCAUCAUCUCACUGGGCCUGUCCUUCUACCAUCCACCUGGGGGCGACAGUGAAGCAUGUGGCCAGGUUUCAGGUGGCGCCGAGGACGAGGGCGAGGCCCAGGCUGGGUGGAUCGAGGGUGCCGCUAUCUUGUUCUCAGUCAUCAUUGUGGUCCUGGUGACGGCCUUCAACGAUUGGUCCAAGGAGAAGCAGUUCCGUGGGCUGCAGAGUCGUAUCGAGCAGGAACAAAAGUUCACCGUCAUCCGCAAAGGCCAGGUCAUCCAGAUCCCUGUGGCCGAGAUUGUGGUGGGAGACAUCGCUCAGAUCAAAUAUGGAGACCUGCUGCCUGCUGAUGGUAUCCUGAUCCAAGGCAAUGACCUGAAGAUUGACGAGAGUUCUCUCACCGGAGAGUCUGAUCAGGUCCGCAAGUCUCUGGAGAAAGACCCCAUGCUGCUGUCCGGGACUCAUGUAAUGGAGGGAUCAGGCAGGAUGGUGGUGUCAGCUGUUGGCCUCAACUCUCAAACUGGUAUCAUCUUUACUCUGCUGGGCGCCAGCGAGAGCGACGAAGAGAAGAAGGUCAAGAAAAGUAAAAAACAAGGACCCCCCGAAAAUCGCAACAAAGCCAAAACCCAGGAUGGCAUUGCCCUGGAGAUCCAGCCGCUGAAGAGCGAAGAGGCCGCAGAGUCAGAGGAGAAGGAGGAGAAAGAGGAGGUCAAACCGGUGAAGAAGGUCAACGUGACCAAGAAAGAGAAGUCGGUGCUGCAGGGCAAACUGACCAAGCUGGCUGUACAGAUCGGGAAGGCUGGUCUGAUCAUGUCUGCUGUGACCGUCAUCAUCCUCAUCCUCUACUUUGUGAUUGACACGUUUGCCGUCCAGGGUCGGACCUGGGUGGCCGAGUGCACCCCAAUCUAUAUCCAGUAUUUCGUCAAGUUCUUCAUUAUUGGUGUGACGGUGCUGGUGGUGGCGGUUCCUGAGGGGCUGCCGCUCGCCGUCACCAUCUCUCUGGCCUACUCUGUCAAAAAAAUGAUGAAGGAUAAUAACUUGGUGCGUCACCUGGACGCUUGCGAGACGAUGGGCAAUGCAACAGCCAUCUGCUCGGACAAGACGGGCACACUGACCAUGAACCGCAUGACGGUGGUGCAGGCGUACGUCGGUGACACGCACUACAAAACGGUGCCAGAGCCGGACGCCAUCAAACCAGAGACUUUGGAGAUUAUGGUCAACAGCAUCUCCAUCAACUCAGCGUACACCACCAAGAUCCUGCCUCCGGAGAAAGAAGGCGGCCUGCCCCGCCACGUGGGCAACAAGACCGAGUGCGCUCUGCUGGGCAUGGUGCUGGAACUGAAGAGGGACUACCAGCCAAUCAGAGACGAGGUCCCCGAAGAGAAAAUGUACAAGGUUUACACCUUUAACUCGUCACGCAAGUCCAUGAGCACAGUGUUGAAGAACGCUGAUGGAGGUUACCGCAUGUACAGCAAAGGCGCGUCAGAGAUUGUCCUGAGAAAAUGCUCGCGUAUAUUGGAUGCCCAGGGUCAGCCUCGCAUCUUCAAGCCCAAGGACCGUGACGAAAUGGUGCGUAAGGUGAUUGAGCCGAUGGCGUGUGACGGGCUAAGGACCAUCUGCGUGGCUUACAGAGACUUUCCGGCCGAGGCUGGAGAGCCGGACUGGGAAACUGAGAACGACAUCCUGAAUGACCUGACCUGCAUUGUUGUGGUCGGAAUCGAGGACCCCGUCAGACCUGAGGUACCUGAGGCUAUUACGAAGUGCCAGCGUGCGGGCAUCACUGUACGUAUGGUUACUGGAGACAACAUUAACACCGCCCGUGCCAUCGCAACCAAAUGUGGCAUCAUUACGCCCGGGGAGGACUUCCUGUGUAUGGAGGGCAAGGAGUUCAACCAGCAGAUCAGAAACGACCAGGGAGAGGUGGAACAAGAACGUCUGGACAAAGUUUGGCCGAAACUGCGCGUUCUUGCUCGUUCUUCACCAACAGACAAACACACUCUGGUCAAAGGUAUUAUUGACAGCACAGUGGGUGAGACUCGGCAGGUGGUGGCAGUGACAGGAGACGGUACCAACGACGGCCCCGCCCUCAAGAAAGCUGAUGUUGGCUUUGCCAUGGGAAUCGCCGGCACAGACGUGGCAAAGGAGGCGUCAGACAUCAUCCUGACCGACGACAACUUCACCAGCAUCGUUAAGGCCGUCAUGUGGGGAAGGAACGUCUACGAUAGCAUCUCCAAGUUCCUGCAGUUUCAGCUGACUGUCAACGUUGUGGCUGUGAUUGUGGCGUUCACCGGCGCCUGCAUCACACAGGAUUCUCCUCUGAAAGCCGUCCAAAUGCUCUGGGUCAACCUCAUCAUGGACACGCUGGCAUCUCUCGCUCUGGCCACCGAGCCGCCCACCGAGUCUCUGCUGCUGCGUAGACCAUACGGCCGCAACAAGCCUCUGAUCUCCAGGACUAUGAUGAAGAACAUCCUGGGCCAUGCCGUGUACCAGCUCGUCAUCAUCUUCACCCUGCUCUUCGCUGGUGAGUCAUUUUUCGACAUCGACAGCGGCCGCAACGCUCCCCUGCACUCGCCGCCGUCAGAGCACUACACUAUCGUUUUCAAUGUGUUCGUCAUGAUGCAACUGUUCAAUGAAAUCAACGCCAGGAAGAUCCACGGAGAGAGGAACGUGUUCGAGGGCAUCUACAGGAACCCAAUCUUCUGCAGCGUGGUGCUGGGGACCUUCGCUCUGCAGAUCGUCAUUGUUCAGUUCGGAGGGAAGCCGUUCUCCUGCACGGCUCUGACCAUCGACCAGUGGCUGUGGUGUGUGUUCAUCGGCGUGGGAGAGCUGCUGUGGGGACAGCUGAUCUCGGCCAUUCCCACCCACCACCUGAAGUUCCUGAAGGAGGCCGGACAUGGCACCACAAAGGAGGAAAUCCACGAGGAGGAGCUGACGGAGGGCGCCGACGAGAUCGACCACGCUGAGAUGGAGUUGAGGAGAGGCCAGAUCCUCUGGUUCAGAGGUCUGAACCGCAUCCAGACGCAGAUGGAUGUGGUCUAUACCUUCCAGACGGGCCAGGCACCGGUGCCCGGUGCCCUGCGCCGCCAGCCGUCCGUCGUCAGCCAGCACAAUGACAUUAAGGUGGUGAACGCGUUCCGUAGCUCCCUGUACGCGGGGCUGGAGAGCCCAGAGUCCCGUAGCUCCAUCCACAGUUUCAUGGCCCAUCCCGAGUUCGUCCCCCUGUCCGAGGAGGAGGCUCGCAUCCCCCCCAUCGAGGAGUCUGGAGAAGAGAUCGACCCCCUCCCUGGCGCCUCCUCUGGGGCGGGGGGAGGAGGAGAGCCGCCCAGCGCCUUCCCCCUCAGCCGCGAGUCAUCCAUCUGAGCUCCUCCUCCCUCCCCCCCUUCGUCCUCCUCCCUCCUCUUUAUCAUCUGUCAUCCCACCAACUGAACUGUCGCAUUGAGGAGGGAAGUCGUCACUCCGCUCAUCCUCUCAUUCUGCGUACACACAUGCUUCACAUCGUCUUCACCCCCCAGUCAUUCCUGCCACGUUGUGUUUUUCAUACUGACUGUGGCAUCGUUUUUCCUGUAAGUUUGUCCCUCCACAACCACCACACUCAUGUAUCAAGUAGAGGGUGGAGUCCAGAGUCUCCACUGUGGAAGGCCUGUCCUUGUCCAUUCAUGUAUAUUUUUUACUUGAUGAUCCUUUUUGAAAAGCUUUCGAAGUAUGUUGGGUUUCGACCUUUGCGGGGUCUCGCAGCCGCAUGUUGUGUUCUGUACUCGCUUCAUUCCUGCGUAACGCUCUCAAAAGUGGCACCGAACUUUUCAAAGAGUGCAAUGAUUCUCAUGUACAUACGCUUUCGCUCCUCUACACAGCUAACAGCCGGGUUUGGUGUUCAGAAGAUUUUUAGGCAAAUGCAAAAAUGUAACCUUGUUUUUUUUCUUUUGUUUUUGUUUUUUUGUUUUUAAAAAACCUCUAAAGAUUGUUAAUUGAUGGUUGAUUCAAACUCCUCAGAAUGUCUUGUGAGUGUGACACUACAGUCUUCACAGUUCAAAUGUUAAAAAAAAAUGUUCUUCCCUUUAUCGUGUCUGUAUGUGUUGGUUUUUCUUUAGCUGCUGUGUUGCAUGUGGAAGGACUGAAUGUUUACUUGCCCAGACAAAUAUCUAACAUUGCAGCGUCCGGGGAAGGCUCACUCUCUGCUCAGUGGGGGUCUGACCUCAACUCAUCCAGUUAGGGGUUCUGGUUCCCUCUCUGCCCCUCCUCCAGUAGGUCCACAGUGUUGAUAGGAAACAGGAGUGUGGUUCCCCCUCUAGUAGGAUGCAUGUUAUGUUUUAUUCGUGUUGAGUCGCAUGAUAAAGUUAGGAAUGAAUAUUUGGGAUUCUGUUUAGACGUGUGUUAGUCUGCAGCAGCGUCCGUUCAGAGCUUAACUUUCCUGUCUGUCGGAAUGAAUAUCCUGUUACCGCCGCACGACUAAAACAGACUCAUUAAUACUGCAGAGGAAGCUGCAGCAGGGAGGGUAAAGCCCUGAGAUACUCUACAUGGACGUGUAUUGUCCGUGUGGUCAUACCUGUGUUAGGUUUUCCUCGCCGCUGUCACCUAGCGCUUGCUCAUGGUGGGAAUUGUUGGGUCUCUGUAAAUAAUUUUAUAAG